AUGUUGUCGGGAAAAGCGCAGGGGAUACGCACGACGCCCACUAGUGCGGCGAUCUGCCAGCCACAUCAUACAUUUCACAUCGAACUGUUUUCCGACGGCGGCAACAUUAACCAAUCAAAACGCUCGUUUUUCCAAACGAUUUGUAACCCGAGCAGCUCCCGUCGGAUAUUUUUCGGACUCUGCGAAAACUCGACAACCACCAUGGACGACAUAUUUUGGUUCAACACGGCGAUAUGCGUGCUGCUACUGGUGCUGACCAUAUUCUUCUCGCUGCUUCCUCUGUUCAUGAGUGCCGCGUCGUCGGAAUCGUACUGGCACAAGCUCAUGCAAGAGAAGCUUCCGUUCCUCACGGCCGGCGUGUUCUUGAGCACGGGCAUGAUCCAUUUGCUGCCCGACGCAGUGAAACUCUACAACCAGUACAACCAAAUGAUUGACGGGCCAGAUGAGCCGUACCCGUUGGUUUACUUCCUGGCGUGCAUGGGAUGCUUCCUCGUGUGGUCUGUCGAUUCGCUCAACUUCGGCGAUUCCGGAAAGAUGAUGGCAGUCGCGGCCGCGGCGCAACCCCAUUAUGAAACCAGCAUUUGCAGGAUCCACGUACCCCCCAUCACAUCGUACGGCAUCCAGAGGCGGUCCCGAACGUUAUCAACGUCCGAUGCAUUCCACCCAUCAACCGCACAGGACGUUCAAUUCCAACAGCACAAUGUCACGCCCGGUGUGGACCAACCCAGAAAUAGCGUGGACUACGGUACAUGCUCGUGUGAUCACACCAUGCUCCCCGACUCGGCCCUGAUCCAGCACACAAAAGAGUACACUGAAGUCGAUGUGCUCCUGGCUGGAAACAAGUGUGCUGUGGACGUGGACAAGCGGGAUCAGUGCGUGUCGGACCCUCACGUCCAUGCGCAUGUGAGUGGCAGCGUCAGCGAACACAUCGUGUUUUCUGGAGACAGUGUCGUGCUGCCAUACUUGUUGGCUGCAUUGUUCUCCCUGCACUCGCUCAUUGCAGGGUUUACGCUGGGCAUGAACGCCUCCAUGAGCUCCACGGCGUUGGCCACUGCCGUCGCGAUCGUCAGCCACAAAUUUAUCGAAGCCGUGUCCGUGGGGGCAAACUUUGCCAAAGCCCGCAGCGGCGUCAACCCCCAGCGGUCGAUUGCGGUGCUGGUCACGUACAGCUUUAUGACGCCGGUGGGGAUCGUGACGGGCAUGUCCCUCUCGGCCGCGUUGCAAGGCCCGACGGGCGUCCUCGCCCAAGCGAUCGCCCUCGGGAUUGGGUCUGGCAGCUUCAUCUACCUCGCAUUCCACGAAGUGACAGAAGAAGACGCGGUACAAGGCGCGUCCACGACGGAGAAGCUGUCGCUGUUCCUCACUGGGGUGUCUGUCAUGGCCGCCUUGGCCGCGUGCGUUUAAUAUAUAAUAAUGAUACCAACCAAUGAUAUAUAUAAAAAAAAAUAUAUGUUUGUCAUUCCGUGU